AGAAAACUGUGCUAGUUUUUAUAAAGGAAAUGCGCUGAACUUUCUCAGGACAGGGGGCUUUUUUGCGGGACGCAAGUUCCACAAACCCAGGAAUAUACCCAUCGUGCCUUAAAACACAUCAUUUUGUCAACUUGUAACUACUUCAGAUAUACUCGAUCAGCAGUAAUGACGGCAACUGUUGGAUCUCAUUUCUUCGACUUCGAAAUGACGAAUAAGACCAGUGAACUGCUGAGCUACAGCAGUGGCUUUGCUCAGCCACAGGUGGAGUCUAUCUUCUGUACUGGUGCUGACAGACCUUUCUCCACCUCUGCUGCCUCUCUGUUGGACAGAAACGUCAUCAGAGCCUCUGCAGUGAGACUUUACCAGUGCCGCCACUCUGAAUCUAUACACAGCUCCAAAUGUAGCACAAACCAUCUUACGAGCAGCUUCAAGAUGGAUACCCCAACCCUUAAAAAUGGCAGCAACAACAAGGAGAACCGUUUCCGAGAGCGCUCUUACUCUGAAACCAGGGAGUGGCUGAAGCCAACGACUUCUAGCUGCGUUAAUAGUGGUGGGAGCAGCCAGACUAUCUCCAGCCGCUACAAAACUGAGAUGUGCAGGCCCUUUGAGGAGAACGGCUCCUGUAAGUAUGGCGAUAAGUGCCAAUUUGCUCAUGGGCUGCAUGAGCUGCGCAGCCUGAGCCGCCAUCCCAAAUACAAGACAGAGCCAUGCCGCACCUUCCACACCAUCGGCUUCUGUCCCUAUGGUUCACGCUGCCAUUUCAUCCACAAUGCAGAGGAGUGCUAUGGGCCUCCCCCUCUCACCUUCAACAAGCUGGAGUGCCCAUGCCUCCAGCACAGCUGGAGCUUUGCUUGGUUUCCUAGCUUCAGGGGGACCACAGACAACCCCACCUCGAUUACACCCCCACCCUUGUUUUCCAUGGAGGAACUGACAGAGUGGCCAGGGAGCACCUCCACCUACUCUAGCCAGGAGUUUGGCAGCCUGUUUGGGCCAAACAUAGAUGGGCCUCCAGCCCUGGACAUGCCUGCCCUGCCCUCACCCACCAUGCCCUUUAUGUGCCCAAUGUCACAAUCCCCUCCAAGUCCAACAGACUCCCUCUCUGACCCUGACAGUUACCAGAGCAGUUUGGGCAGCUACAGUGAUUCUGAAUCUCCAGUGCUAGAUGCUACACGCAGACUCCCCAUUUUCAGCCGGCUGUCCAUUUCUGAUGAUUAGGAGUGAGUGAGAUUGAGGAUUUGUGAAUGUAGAGAUAGCAUGAUUGCCACCAUAUCGUUCCCUCCUCUCCGUUGUUUACAGCAGAGAAGUGGAUGGAUGUAGCAGUAAAGUGUUUUUCAUAGCUACUGAUUCAAACCAGAAUCCUUAGUUCCGUAAGUAGCACUGACUUGAGCCUCACGGGCCCAACAGUCCAUUUUAAUACAAAACAGUAGUAAGGUUGGUAUUUAUGUGAUAUCUACGUUUCUCUCUUUGCAUGAAAAACCAAAAUACAAAUAUAGUGAACAUGACAAGGUCCUUGUAACAAGGUAAAAUGUAAAAGAAUCUUGUUUAACCAGAUAUUAUGGCAUUGCAUUGAAGCCUCUUCCCAGUACAGCAGGCCUUCCUACAAAAAAAACUAGGGAAUGCAAUAAGCAGCUCCCAAUGUCCAUAACCUCAGGUAAGUCUCUGUUAAAUGGCUAAAAGAAAUGGCCUUCCAUUAUGUAAAGUGCCUAGACCUUGUGCUACUUUUUCUAUACAAAACUUGGAUGUUUUGCAAAGAAUCAACAGAGAUGUGAAAUGUUUUCUUGUGGUUCUAAGAUGUCAGUCAGUAUGUGUUGCUGCCAUAGUAACAGUCCCAAAAAUAUAAGAUACCUGAGUGGUGUAUGCUAUAGUUUUCAGCUAUGAACAAGAACUUUAGUCAACUUUCCCUUCCUCUCUUGUUUGACAGACUCAGUCAACUUCACAGUGUUUAAUUGUCAAGUGUCUAAUUUUCCUCCAUUUAGCACAACAAAAUGUUCAGUCAUUAAUUCAAAAUUACUACAUGUAUUAUGGUUAAUAUAUUAUUAUUAUUAUUAUUACAGCAAUUUUAUUAUUGUUCAUAUUUGUUCUUUGUAAAAACUUUCAGACUGAAGGUUUAUCUUGGCAGGGCUUAUUUAACUUAUAAAAUUAUUUAUUACUGAUUGUAAGCAUUUUUUGGUUUGUAUUUAUCUUGAUAAAAUAUAAAAUAUAUUUUAUUGUUUUAUCAUAAAUUAUGACUACCUGUAUUAAUAAUAAAAUUGUGUAGACUUGUGUUUCCACAAUUAAUAUAUGAAACUGAAAUGACAUAUUGUAAGAACACAAUGAUAUGUUUUGAAGUGCAAAAUUUAAUUUAAUUUAAACAAAAUGUUGCAUUUCAUUUACUUUUUCCCUCCCUGAUGUUGGACUGCAGUUUUAUUUUGUGUGUGUGUUUGUGUGACUCUCUGAUCUCCUGUAAUGUGAUGAUGACCAUGUGGAAUGUAGCCUGAGUUUUCUUGACAACAGUCCUAUUCCUUUAACUGCAGUGUUUAGGAUAGGAGUCUCAAAGCACUGAUUUUUCUUGAUAUUGGCAAGGACAAAUCACCUAAAUCAAUAUAAAACAAAUCUCAUGUGUUGAUGGCACUUUGCAACUUUAAGCACACUGUCAUGCAUCUAAAAUAGAUCACUGUUAAGAGAAUUACUGUAAAUAUGCCUCUGUGUAUUUACUUUGGUUAUUUUUUAAUCUUUCAUCAACAAUUCAAGGUCAUCUUUUCCAUUAGUGUCUCUUACACAUGAUGUGCUUCCACAAAGAUGUAUUUUUAGAUCAUUCUAGCCACCUGUACAUGCCAGAAGAAUGUUUAGAAAGAUUGUUAGAAAAGUAAAGGUUAACAGGACUGAAUUUGAGAGCACCUUUUGAAUGUAUCCUAUUGUAGCAGCCGAGGAAGCUCACUACAGUAGUUCAUGUUGUGUCUUUUGUGAUGACAAACUGCAAUAUAAACCAAACCAAUUCAUAUUUGUAAAAUGUAAUAUAUUCUUUCUAAAUGUGUGACUGAUAUCAGCUCAGCAUCAGGCCAUCCAGAGAAAGGUGUUUGUAUUUUUUUAAUAAAGGUUAAAUAAAUAAAGACAGUCAUAUUAGUAAAAAGUUGGAAUACUGUUGACCAAAUGCUUCAAGAAUCCUUGCUCAGAGAAUACAGUUUUAAAAAAUUGCUGCCCUUGUGUCAUUCCUCCCUCUGGCACCAUAAGCCUGUCAGAGCCAUACAACCCUUCCCAGAAUCCCCAGGAGAAUCAGGUGUACUUCUACAGUCAACCAUCACCCAAAUCAACAUCAAGCUCACAUUCAUCCUCAUCAGAAUAUUAAUUAUGUACAACUGUUCCUCAUUGCCGUGGCUAUUAAGACUUGUGUUGCGUUUAUUCCAGUAUGAAGUAUUGCCCUUGUUAUUUCAGUGCAUACUGAGUGGUUCAUUGUGUUUUGUCCUCGCCUGUUUCCUGACUGGCUUUUGGAUUUUCCCUGUUGGAUUUGGUAGCUUGUAUUUGUGUUUUUUCUCUGGCUUUGACUUGGACUGUUUCUGACUCUCUUCCUGGUGUACCUUUUGGUUUGGAAUUCUCAUUUUACUGGUUUUGACUUUGACCUGUUGUCUGUUACUGGAUCGCCCUUUCAUCAUUAAAAACAUUUACUUUUA